UUUGGUGCAUAUGGAGCAAACAGACGAGGUCCACUGAGCAUUAGGGUGGAGAGCGCGUUUUCCACCUGCAUCCCUUGUAAAGCGACUUAUAAUAUGAUAAUUUAGACCCACUCGUGACCGAAUCACUCCUGGGGAAAAAUUAAAUCACCAUGUAAGGUUUCGUGCACACCAGCAGACUCCCGCACACCCCCCCUUUCUCUCUGAGAGGAAUGGUGCCUGCUGGAGGAGGAGGAGGGGGCGGUGUCUCCAUCCAAGAGGGAUGUUGUGUAGUAAGUGAAAGGGGCGGAGGUGGGAGGAGGGCGCAGCUCUCCGUUACUACGUCAGUGCGCAUCACAGGGCCACACAGGAGCGUUUUGCUUCAGGUGCUCGGGGUGACUCCCUGCGCAGAGAAAAAAGCGACUCCCGGUGCCCCUAAAUCGCGCUGCCCUUCCUGCCAAAAGGAUUUGUUAUCCGAGUGCACGGUGGCCAAAGUCCAUCAGCAGCAGUGCAGAGGAGCAGGGAGCUGCCCGUGGUGCUGAAUUCGUCAGCCAACAGAGAUCCCCGCUGCACACUCAUGUGCUUGGGCCGCUCCUGAUAUAUCCCAUUCCUAGCAGCAACUGAUCACCACUUCCACAUCCAAGAUGGACGACGACGGGCGUUACAGAGACGGCCGCUCAGAUUUCAUUCGUGGCGCCAAGGACAUUGCCAAAGUGGCAAAAAAACAGGUCGGCAAGAAGGUGGGGCGCAGUGUGGACAAAAUGGCCGACGAGUACACCAAGCGCUCCUAUAAACGCUUCGAGGAGGAAGAUGAUGAUGAAGACUACGCCGGCGUGCCAAGCAACGAUGGAGGAUAUUACCGCAAUGACAGCCGCGCCAAUGAUGAUGAAGGUCACAGUGAUUCCACUGAAGGACACGACGAAGAUGAUGAGAUCUAUGAAGGGGAGUACCAGGGCAUCCCGAGGGCUGACUCAGGCAAGGCUGGCAGCAUGGACGGGGUGACGGCCGCCCAGGCACAACAGUUCAGGGAUCUGUCAGCCUACGAGGGCGAGAGGAGGAAAGACCAGGAGGAGCUGGCCCAGCAGUACGAGACCAUCCUGCAGGAGUGCGGCCACGGGAAGUUCCAGUGGACGCUCUACUUUGUCCUGGGGCUGGCGUUGAUGGCGGAUGGUGUGGAGAUCUUCGUGGUUGGCUUCGUGCUGCCCAGUGCAGAGAAGGACAUGUGUCUGUCUGAGCCCAACAAGGGCAUGCUGGGUCUGAUCGUGUACCUGGGGAUGAUGGUCGGGGCGUUCGUGUGGGGCGGCCUGGCGGAUCGGAUUGGCCGACGGCAGACCCUCCUCAUCUCCCUCUCCAUCAACAGCGUGUUUGCCUUCUUCUCGUCCUUCGUCCAGGGCUACGUCUCCUUCCUCUUCUGCCGGCUGGCCUCCGGCGUGGGCAUUGGCGGCUCCAUCCCCAUCGUGUUUUCCUACUACUCUGAGUUUCUGGCUCAGGAGAAGCGAGGAGAGCAUCUGAGCUGGCUGUGCAUGUUCUGGAUGAUCGGUGGUAUCUACGCCUCCGCCAUGGCCUGGGCCAUCAUUCCACACUAUGGCUGGAGUUUCCAGAUGGGUUCGGCCUACCAAUUCCACAGCUGGCGUGUCUUCGUGUUGGUGUGUGCUUUCCCCUCUGUGGCGGCCAUCUCUGCCCUCACCACCAUGCCCGAGAGCCCCCGCUUCUACCUGGAGAAUGGGAAACAUGACGAGGCGUGGAUGAUCCUGAAGCAGGUCCACGACACCAACAUGAGGGCCAAGGGCUACCCAGAGAGGGUCUUCUCUGUGACCACCAUCAAAACAGUGAAGCAGAUGGAGGAACUGGUGAACCUGGGUGAUGGAGCCGCCUGGCAUGAGAAGUGGAGGAUAAAGCUGAGUACACUUUUCCAUCAGGUGUGGAGUAAUUUCCAGACUGUUUUCUCGCCGGAGUACCGCCGCACCACCUACAUGAUGAUGGCUGUGUGGUUCUCUAUGUCCUUCAGCUACUACGGUCUGACAGUGUGGUUCCCCGACAUGAUCAAGUACCUGCAGAAGCAGGAGUACUCGUCACGCACCAAGGUUUUCGUCAAGGAGAAAGUAGAACACGUCACCUUUAACUUCACCCUGGAAAACCAGGUCCAUCGCCAGGGAGAGUACUUCAAUGACAAGUUUAUGAACCUGAAAAUGAGGUCUAUGGUGUUUGAGGACUCGCUGUUUGAGGAGUGUUACUUUGAGGACAUCACCUCCAGUAACACCUUCUUCAAAAACUGCACCUUCAUCGCCACCCUCUUCUACAAUACGGAUCUCUUCAAGUACAGGCUGAUCAACUGCAAGCUCAUCAACAGCACUUUCCUGCACAACAAAGAGGGCUGCCUGCUCAGUGACGUCAGUGAUGAGAACAAUGCCUAUAUGGUCUACUUUGUCAGUUUCCUGGGCACUCUGGCUGUGUUGCCAGGCAACAUCGUCUCUGCGCUGCUCAUGGACAAGAUCGGACGCCUGAGGAUGCUAGCGGGCUCCAGUGUGAUCUCUUGCUUCAGCUGUUUCUUCCUGUCCUUUGGCAACAGCGAGUCAGCCAUGAUUGCUCUGCUCUGCCUGUUUGGGGGAAUCAGCAUCGCUUCCUGGAACGCCCUGGAUGUGCUGACUGUAGAGCUCUACCCCUCUGACAAGAGGACCACAGCAUUUGGCUUCCUCAACGCCCUCUGUAAAUUGGCGGCUGUUUUAGGAAUAAGCAUCUUUACCUCGUUUGUUGGUAUCACCAAAGCUGUGCCCAUCCUCUUUGCCUCGGGUGCGCUGGCGGCAGGCAGUUUUCUGGCCCUCAAACUACCAGAGACGCGGGGUCAGGUGCUGCAAUAGUGUGGCGCCAACAAGUUUCUGGGGGACAGCAGAGUUUUCGCCACACUGUGAAUGAACGGCGCAAGAGCUCUCCAAAUCCUACCCUUUAACCCCUUCCUCACAAUGAUAAAGUUAGCUUACAUGCUGACCAGACUCAAAUUUGCUGUAAAUAUUUGGGAGUGGGUAUUAUUUGCUAGGUACUCCACCAUAUUGUCAAGAAUAGUUGAGGUGUGACAAACAAUUGGAAUGGCUGAAUAAACGUGGAGCUGAGACAUUGAUUGAUGAUUGCUCAGAAUUGGUGCAGAAACAUGAGACAAAAAUAAUAUUAACAUGUUCAGUGAGAGCAUAACAUGCUGUUUCCCUAGAAUAGUAUAGCUUAUAUAAGUAAAUUUAGCUCCUGUGAGUAGGAGUGCGUGGAACUGGGGGUUGGAGGUCAGGGCAUGGGGGGACUCUUCAUAAUGAGCCAUGCAGUUCGACUCAUAGAAAUGACCACCAGUCAUCGUUGCAGAGUUCUCUGUAGUUCACUUCCAUUCUUCUGAAAAAAAAUUAACUCACCUGUCAAGUCUCGAGCAUGUUGCCGUUGUUGGACUUAGAAUCAAAAAUGCAACAUUUUAUGCCUUGAUUUGAAGCAUUUUUGACUUUGCAGGGUAAAACCAAGACACAACUCUCUUGGCUUUCUCUUAAACAAAGACCUGUGCUCAGUCUUUACCUCCCGAGGUCUUGUGUUGGUGUGCAGAACUGCCAUUUUAUAGAUUAUAGGACAUUCCAGGUUUGUUUUUGUUGUUGUUAGAAUAUGAUAAGGAGAUCAGUUGAGUCCCUUUGCCCCUUUUAAAACAUUUUUCUCUGAUCACCUUUGAACAGUCAUUUGAAUCAGUUAAUGGAUGUGUUGUGCUGUCAUGGUUACAGUUUCAUCACAAGACUGAAGCUGUUUGUUAAAAUGCACAUUUUAAGCGCAACCAUUUGUUGAUGUGAUUGCCCUUAACAUUUUCUGAGCUUCAUGAAAAUGUUCAGACUCUCAAGCUGAAUCAACCUUUUUCAGUCACACUGUGUAUCCCUUGUAAGAAAUGUUUUUUUUUUUUUUUUUUAGUACCUCUCCUCAGAGACUUACAGUAUGUUUUUGUCUCUUAUAAAAUGUUUUGGAGGGUUUUAUGCAUGUCACAAAGUAUGUAUGUAAAAGUUCUGAAAACCGAGAGUACAACAUGUGAACAGCAUUUUGGACAAGCAAUUCGUCCGUCUUGUGUUACCGUCAUAUUUGAACCCACAACAGACUGUGCUUUUAUUUUGCUGUUGGCAGCAGCAGAAUAAGGUUAGAAUAGGCGAAGGUUGACGGACCUUAUCGCUCUCUUCCUGGAGCACACUCCACAGGAUCCUUUAUUAACUUACAACAUGUUAUCACAUCUGAAUGAAAAGCAGGAAAUCAAAAGGUUAAAAAAAAAAAAAAGUUACACAAAAAGCCUACACUUUUAAUUUUGAUGAUUUCAGUGCAGGCACACAUUGUGUGAAGUGUGUAAGAGAUGACAGAUAAACUAUAAUCCAAUAAUUUGUGUGAACUGAAUGUUUAACGUGAGUGUGCUUCUUAGUGCAAUAUUGAACCUCUGUGCAAUAUUGAGAUUUUUUUUUUAUGUCUUUUACCAUUUCAUAUUUAGCAAACACUAUUGUGUGAAAGGUUGUGGAGUAGCUGUGUUAUAUUGAUAGCUGAGCAGGGUGAUAACAUAGGGGACACGCUUAACCUGUUUUUUACUCUUAGAACAAGACUUUCUGAAAGAGUUAAGUGUCAAAAAAGUAAAUAUUAAAACUGCUGAAAAACACUGCACCCAAAGUAACACUGGCAAAGUACAAGCAGAGUUAUUCCACCUUAAAUUAUCCCAGUUUGGGAUGUGUACAGUCUUGGGGCACAUAACAUGUUGAACACUGAGGAUUAAUAGCAGCUGAAAAGGAUUGUUCUGCUGAUGAGGGUAUGGUUUUGGAGUGAAACUGGGACCUUGUGUUUACUUGUGCUUUAUUACACCAAUGUAGCUAGAGCUAACCUGAGAUUCACCGUAGAGAACUCACUGCCAAGGGCUGAUUGUCAUAUAUCUCUCAAUGGUAACAGCACAGAGUGUGGGUGAAAAUACUUGCCACAUUUCCCUGAUCUAGAAAAGCAAGGGUGAUAUGUUCACAAUUGCAAGGUUAAAGAAAAAAAACAAAACGAAACAAUCAUUAAGCUGUCAGAUUAACAAAAACAUAUUUUUGUCCAAACUGCCAUUUUGUAGGAUAGCAGCCAUACUUCGACUCAGAGACAGUUGAAUAAGUAGACAACCCAUUGCACUGAAUGUACGCUGCCGUACAUGCACAAUUUUGAAUGUUUUCUCCAAGAUACAUUCUGAUGCAGCCUUGCUAGAGAUUUAAUGAAGACCAAGGUGUUGGUUUAGCAAGAGCACAAAGACCAAAACCUACCAAAUGACAAUAUUGUGAACAUGAGUGCAGUUGUGAACAUAGGUGCUUGGAGCUUUGAUGAUCUACCCCUCACACGUCACUCCCUCUGUCUCACAUUGAUCCGACUCAAAUUUUGACAUCUGACCCAUGAUUUAUGAGUGUGCCAUCUCUCAUUAAUUAUUGCCAAAUAUUUUUGUAUGGCCUGAGUUUACACAUUGCACCAUCAAUUCUCUGUUAUAGAUAUGAAUAUAUGUAAAUAAAAGUACUUAUAAUGUAACUAAUGAGAUAGAUCUUCAAACCUUUGGAGCCCUGGAAAUUUGCAGUCAGUUUUUGUGGGUCUGCAGCUAUCAAUCAUGUGAAACAAGAACAACUGGUCUUAUUGUACUGAUGAAGAUUUUUCAUUAGUCAUCUGAGUCUUAAAGAGUCCAGGUGCUCUUGUUUAAGUGAGGAAUGGUGGCUUCAGAAACCAAAAUGACCUGCAAGUGAGAAAGCAAAAUUUGCCCAGAUGUCCUGUCAAAAGCACAUUGAUACUAGUAUAUGAAUGCACAAUAACUGUACAGGUAGUCCUAUGCUCUGUAUGUUGUCCCGUAUCACCCAAAAAUUAAGAUGUCAAGAUAACUGUUGUAUUCGUUCAACAUGGAAUGCUGUUAAAGCGCUAACCUGUCUCAGUGACUCAGUUCAGGCUGCGUCCAAGUCAAACUUGUCUCUUGUAGAUACAUAUCUUAGCUUAUGUUACAGGGUUUCUUUUGUAUAAUCAACUUGUUGCCCGAGCAACAGUCAAUCGUGAGUGCAAAAAGUUAACAAAGCAAUAAGUGUUUGGGUAUUUGUCUCUUUAUGCUCUCCUUUGAAUCUAUUAAAAAUUGGAGCACGUUACUAUAUGCUGGCCUUGUCCACCAAAAUGCUGAGUGUUGGCCUAAUAAUGACACAGGACUUUACAGCUAACAUUCAUGUGUACUCUCUAAAACAUCCCUAAGUCUUGAAGCUUUUGUCGGUAAGAUUGCAUUGCCAUUAAUUAAACGUAAGAAAGAGUUUAUCACCUUUGUCAUUGUACUGUGCUGUAGAAACUGUAGUUGAUUGUUUGUAAGUAUAGAAACUGUUUGUGAAACCAUGAAUAAAAAAAAUAUAUAUAUACAUAUAUAUAUAUAAAAAGAAGUGUAAAUUAACAUUGAUGUAUGUUGUCUUUGAUUUUGUGUGUUUUGUAAAUGAGAAUGAAAUAAGUAAAUACAUCAGUGCUAACCGGUUAUGAAUCAUAGUUAGCCUCAGUGUGACAGCAUCAGUUCUGUUUAAAGGCGUGUACGAACUUUUCUUAUAUUUUCUCAUUGUUGAUUUUUGAUUGGGUUUGCACUGUGCUGUGCAACUGACCUUUUGGAAUCACAAUGGAUAACAAAGAACCAUGAAGAAUAAACAA